UUUGCCGCCAAUUCAGCAUCAGAAGUAAACUACCUCCUGGUCUAGUCAGUCUUAACUACUGGCUAGCUAGUCUUGCUUACUGGUAUCUAUAGUCUAGCGUUUGUGGAGGCUGCGACAUGCUGCGUGCUGGGGUGAUCGUCAUGAUGAUGAUGAUGAUGAUGAUGAUGAUGAGGCUGAUGGUGAAGGAUGCGUGGUCGCUGGACGCCACCGACGUUAACCAGGUGGCGGGGUUAUCGCCUCCGUCGUUCGAGGACAGCUACGGCGUCGUGGCGUCGGACGUCGGCAGUGACGGUCGCUGCACGUGCUCCGUGCUCAGCCCUAGCGACAGCGUAUGCUCUACCGACAACCGCUUCAAACAGAUCAAGUACCUACACGCACAGGUGGAGCAGCUGCAGGCGAUCGUGAGUGACAUGCAGACAGGUACAUUCCUGCAGCAUUACACAGAGCUGAGGAGGAAGAUCGCUGCCAUAGAGGCCGAGAGGGACCUGGUGUUAGUCAGCGAGUCCGAAUUCCUGCAACUCAAGCAGGAGAUCAUUAUAUUGGACCGGUGCGUGGACAGGUUACGCGAGCGGUUGGCAGCGUGCCAGGAACAAUAUGGCGAUCACAGCGCAGUAUCCGGAGGUUACCUCUUUACAAGAAAUGGCUCCAUCCCAGUGAGCUGUAACGAUGAGACACUGGGCGGCAUCCUGCAGCCGAUAACACACGCCUGGGAGAGCGCAGCUGCACAGAA